UAGUGAAAAUAAGUUAUUCUCAGAUACAUUGUAACAUUUUUCUCAUGAAACUUGAGGAUAUCUUCUGAUCUCGUUUAUGUCUAAUUUCAACCGUUAAUACCUUUUUAUUUGUUUUUUUUAUUUCUUUGGAAUUUUGUCGAUACAUUGUUGUUAUUUAGUCAAAUAAUAUGGGCCAUAUUUUCAAAAGUGUCAUCAAUCCAUUGCGAUUACUUCAAAACAUGCCUCUUCAGAUUUCUCGUUUACCUCAGAGAAGUUUAGCGACGGAAAAAUCUCUAAAUCAAGUAUUCUUACUUGGACGUGUUGGUACAGAUCCAUUGCCCAAGGGAAGCGAGGAAAGACCCGUUGUUGUCUUCUCUUUGGCUACCAAUGUUAAUGUUAAAGCAGAUGAUGAAGGAGAGUAUACUCAGAAGACCGAUUGGCAUCGCAUUUCAGUUUUCAAACAAAGUUUAAGACGAACUUGCAUGGAGCAUGUUAAAAAAGGAUCUCGUCUGUUCGUCCAAGGAAGAAUUUCUUACCAUUCUGUCGCCACUGAAACUAAUACAAUGAAUAAAUUGUUCUCAAUCAUUGCAGAUGAAAUAAUCGUGGUAAAUUCAACAGGAAAUAAUUUCGCUAAAGAUUUCUCCGAUAAAGAUGAAUAAUAUCGUUACUAACGCAUUUAUGGAUAUUAAAGGCCAAAAGAUCUCAUCUAUCUAUAAUAAAUAACCAACUUGUAGAUUUCCACUUGCCUUUUUUGGUUAAUGCAUUUCAUGUAUUGUCAAAUCUGAGAAAAUACUUUUUUAUCAAAACGUUUUUCAAGUCAUAUUGUUGUCAAAAUUUACCAUUAAAUAGAUUGAAUAUUCUUUUUCAACUUAAAAUUAA